UUUACAUGGCAGGGGUGUUAAUUAUAUUUUGGAAACAAAGGGGUGUUAAAGUAUAAUAAAACAGAAACAUUCGACCUCAUCGUCUAUUUAGCACAGUCAAUGACUAGGAUAAAUAUAUCGAAGCAACCAAACAAACCCAAUUUUUACUUCUUCUGUUGUCUUCUUCCCUGAUCGAUUAAACUCCUUCAAAAUUCCAACUUCAAUUCCCUCUCUGAGAUAUCAAUCUCAGCACCACUCAUGGCCGUGCUCAACCGCAGCCGUCAGGCUGUGAUAUCCCCAGAAACUCUAGAUUUCUCUCCUCAGUUGAUUUUGGUUCAUUAGCCUUUACUGUUUGUUUACCACUGCAAUGAUGUCUCUGACUAUAUCAGACAUUUCGAUUUUGGAUACAUCAUCGCUACAGUUUAAGUUCUUUAUAAUCUUUCGUCAAGUGUUAUGCUUUAUGAAGUUGUCAGAAGUUUCUAUUCGUGGUUUGGUUGUUAAGGUCCCUGCAUUUUUAUGUAUAAAAUGGGGGACUACAGUAACAGUGAAGAAGAUGUUAGCAACGGCUUUUCCUGGAUUAGAUGUUAUUCUCGCAAACUAUCGUUCACCAGCGCCAAAACGGGUUUUAGCUAAGGUUGUGCCAGUUGCUCAGAUGGGAGUUAUUGGUCUUAUAAUGGGAGGUGAACAUAUAUUUCCCAUGAUCAGCAUUGCACAGCCUCCUGCUUGGUACCACUCUUUGAGAACGAAUAGGUUUGGGUCCAUGGCCUCUACUUGGCUUCUUGGUAACUUCUUGCAGUCUUUCCUGCAAAGUUCAGGCGCCUUUGAAGUUAGCUGCAAUGGGGAAUUGGUGUUCUCUAAAUUGAAAGAAGGUAGAUUUCCACGGGAGAUCGAGUUGAGAGAUCUCAUCAGCAGAACCCUUACGAAACCAUUCGUCACAGGAAGCUACUAAGUAGUGUCUCCACUCUAUAAGGUUCUGAAACCUUUACAUCGAGCUCCACAACAUAGUCACCAAUAGUGUUUAUGUUAACAGUUGCAGAAAUUGUCAUUUUUUGCUUGAAUAUUGCAGAAUUGUCUGAUUAAUACAUAGCUCACAUGGUUUAUA